AUGCCUACAGAGUUCAACAAGAUCAAGGUCGAGAACCCCAUCGUCGAGGUGAGUGGUCGUGUUCUUCCGCUCCCCGCAACCCACUCCACCUGCACUACAAGUGGCGCCGCCAGGCGGCAGAGUUCCGUCAUCACGCUCGAUGUCUCGUUCGCUGACCCCUGGCCACGCCUCGUCCGGUCUUUCUUCCAUUAUUUGUGCGAUGCAUUCGGCCUGUGCAGAUGGACGGUGAUGAGAUGACCAGGAUCAUGUAAGUGCCCGGCUGCAGACGGAAGGAGCGGAAACGAGAUGCUGACUCGACGCUGCUCCCCAUUGGGCCUCCACUCCGCUUGGCAAUUGUCGUUCUUACACGACGCCUUACAUAGCUGGCACAAGAUCCGUGCCGAUUUGAUCUUGCCCUUCCUCGAUGUCGACAUCAAGUACUACGAUCUCGGUCUCGAGUACCGGUGCGUGACUUCCCUUCCGUCGGUCGAGCGCGGAAAUUAGCCCCCGCGCAUCUCCGCUCGGCCACAUCCGCACCAGCUUACCAAAACUGACCGAGCUGUGGGCAGUGAUGAGACCGACGACAAGGUCACCGUUGAUGCCGCCGAGGCCAUCCUCAAGUACGGUGUUGGUGUCAAGGUCAGUGGUCCCUCUUCAUGCCGUCUGCUUGUCUUGGGGUAGCGCCCGCGUGGUCGGGGUCGUCGUCGUGGCCUGGCUCAGCUUCCGCCCAGAAAAAGGGCCGCGGCCCGAUGAGCCCGACCGGUCGCGACGGAAGGAAUCGGGAGAGGCCUUGUAGGACGGUACAGCUGACCUUGCCCUUUGCAUGUGGUGACCUACAGUGCGCCACCAUCACUCCGGACGAGGUACGAUUUUUGGAAGAACUGCACUGCAGUGGCUUAUUCUCGGUGCUGACCUCUCCCCGUCCUGCCCACCGGCUGUCGUCACCUUUUCCCCCCACCUCGCUGCUCACUCAACUACCCGCGGCUCGACUCAUGUCGCAAAUGGACAGGCCCGAGUGGAGGAGUUCAAGUUGAAGAAGAUGUGGAAGGUGAGUUGCUCUUCUGGCAACAAGGCCGCCCUUUUACGGGGUUUCCCGCGGCCUACCGGGCCUGGCUUGUGCCGCCGGUUCCAUGCGCGUUCGAUCAGAGCUGACUGUAUGCGCAUUCGCGUGUCUCGUACCACAGUCGCCCAACGGCACGAUCCGCAACAUUCUCGGUGGUACCGUCUUCCGAGAGCCCAUCAUCGUCGAGAAGGUCCCCAAGUCGGUCCCAGGUCCGUCGUCGGCUCAUCCGGCAGUCGAUCGCUGCACCCUUGUCCGCCGCGAACCUGACCUUUAUCUUGGACCCCUCGCUUUGUGCACCACCAGGAUGGGUCAAGCCUAUCAUCGUCGGUCGACACGCCCACGGUGACCAAGUGAGUGUUCUCCCACCCUGGUCUUUUUGGCUACAUCCACCGUAUCACUUCAUCAGACCUUCUCGUGCUGACGGAUCCCCUUUCCGCCGCCGCAGUACCGUGCCACGGACAUCAUCAUCCCCGAACCCGGCAAGCUCGAGCUCGUCUACACCCCGGAUGACGCGUCCAAGAAGCCCACCAACUUGGAGGUAUUCCACUUCAAGACCCCGGGUAUGGGUCUGGCCAUGUACAACACCCAACAGGUGCGCUUCUUGAUACGCGGCCAGCUUGACAUUACGGAAUGCUGACCAGCGUGCCUUUUGUAUCGUCCAGUCCGUCCGAGACUUUGCUCACGCUUCGUUCAAGAUGGCCAUCGAGAAGAAGUUGCCCCUCGUGAGUGGCGAGUUGUGCGGACGCGAAUGGCGCAUCGAAAUGUAUUGACCUGUCCGUUCCACCUGCAGUACAUGUCGACCAAGAACACCAUCUUGAAGGGCUAUGAUGGUCAAUGGAAGGACAUCUUCCAGGCCAUCUACGAGUCCGACUACGCCCCCGAGUUCAAGAAGCUCGGCAUCUGGUACGAGCACCGCUUGAUCGACGACAUGGUCGCGCAGAUGAUCAAGUCCUCCGGUGGCUUCAUCAUGGCCUUGAAGAACUACGACGGUGACGUUCAGUCCGACAUCAUCGCCCAGGGCUUCGGUUCGCUCGGCUUGAUGAGCUCCGAGCUGUUGACCCCCGACGGCAAGGUCAUCGAGUCCGAGGCCGCACACGGUACGGUCACAAGGCAUUACCGCGAGCACCAGAAGGGCAACGAGACGUCGACCAACUCGAUCGCGUCCAUCUUCGCGUGGACCCGUGGUUUGAUCUUCAUGGGCAAGCGAGACAACAACGAGGCCCUCGUCAAGUUCGGCAAGGACCUCGAGGCAUGCUGCGUUGAGGCCGUUGACGUCGAUGGUGAGUGCCUUCUUCAUUUUUGUCAGGUGCACAUUUUCACCGAUCUGUGAAACUGACCCCACCUCUCCUCUUCCCAUUAUUGCGCAGGCGUCAUGACCAAGGACUUGGCCCUUUCCAUUCAUGGCAAGAACAUGAAGCGAGAGCACUACGUCAACACCUCCGACUUCCUUGACCACGUCAGUUCUUUCUCUCGCUUGCCUAUCGUGGUGCCUUAGUCACCCAGCAGCUGACACUGUGCCGUUUCCGAUCGACUGCAGAUCCGAGACUCCUUGACCAAGAAGUUCAAGGCUUCCCAAUCCAAGGCCUCGCUCUAA